GAUCAUUAAUGCUUAUGUUCUUGUUACAGGAGUUGAUGAAUGAACAAUCAAUGGACCAACAACGUUCACUUGGAGAAACUGAUACUUCCGUCAAACCUUCUCAGGUUAGUGAAAUAAGUGUUGAAGAAGGAACUACAUCAGCUAAUGCCAAGAGAACAACAGCAUCAUCACAAGAAUGUGGUGACUGCCAAAUAGUCAUACCUUCUCAGGAUGUUGAUAUUAACAUCAAUGAUGAUCAAGUUUCUGUAAAUGAUGAUGCUGUCAUAAAAGUAAAGGAACAAUUAUCUAAGGAUGUUGAAUUUAAAGUUCCAGAAUCUAUCAUUCCUUUGCCUCAAGAAUUUCAAACUCCUUCAAUGCUAUCCGGAGGAGACCCUUCUCAAAAUGUAGAAGAUUUAAGUUCUUCUUUGUUUGUCAAGAGUGAGCUUGAGCAACUAGUCUCCAAGAAUCAUUUGGAUUAUGAGAACUUAUCUCUAUUGACAGGUUUCCUUGUUAAAAAUCCUUCUGUUCGUUUAAAAGACAAUUCACUGCGUAAUAGAUUCAAGGGUUGUGCUUACAACUUAUUGGCAGAGCUAUUGAAAUUCCUUGAAACUCAUAGUGUCUUGGAUGUAUUAGGCUCAUGCCACUCUGAAUUUGUGGAUCUACUACUAGAUGCGCGCAACUUUGGUUUUGAUAAGGAUUGGUUGGAUAGUGUCGAAAGGCGGGCUAUGUUUCCUGAUAUACAAAUAUCUCAAGACGCCAUGCAAAAAUUAUUGGAUUCCAAGCAACAAAUUACCAAGGAAGUUGAAGUGUUGCAUUUAAAGAUAGAGAUUUUAAGUCAACAUGUGGAAGAUCUUAAGCAUCAAUUGACAUCCUCUAAAGCUGUUUUGAAGAAUAUAAUUCAACAAGAGGCGGUUUUAAGUGCACCUAUUGGUUAUUAGACUAUAUUUUCAAGUACUUUUAUUUCAUCAUUGCUGCUUUGUUAUGCUUUUCAUUGUGGGAACCUUUGUUCUUCAAUAU